AUGCAACAUUUAGACUUAUUCAAGAAAAGCCAUGGCAGUAUAUGGCAUCGAAAGCCAAUAGCAUCGAGUGAAGAUGGACUCCUCCUGACUAUUACACGUAGUAGCUUACGUGCUUUUACACCAGGAGGUAACCGAACAAUUCGGUUUACUCAAGUAGCAUUUGACCGAUCUGGUCAACAAUUUUUAGCGAGUGAUCAACAAGGCAACCUCUAUCAAUUCAAUUUAGCUAAAAACAAGUUUAAAUCAUUAUUGAAUACUGGUGUUCCAUGCACAACUUUAUCAUUUAAUCUUCAACGAAAGAAUGAAGCCCUCGUAGCAUUGUCUGACUGUUUGCUAAAAUGUUAUGAUAUCACAACAAAAGAAGUUGUGUGUUGGAUGAAGGGUCACGAUACGGCUAUAAAUUCAAUUUCCAUCCAUUCAUCUGGUCGUUAUGCGUUAACAGCAUCGAAUAAAGUUGCUCAUUUAUGGGACUUAGAGACAUUUACGCAUCAAAGAACGCUAAAUGGAGCUCAAAAAGUUGGCAUUAUGAAGGUUUGUUUCUUACCUUCCUCCAACAAUAUCUUAACAUGCUUCAAAGAUGAUACUAUCUUUGUUUGGGAUAUGGAAAAUUUACAAUGUCAGUACCAAUUGCCAGUGCCACCCGGUAAAAAUAAGCCAUGCUAUCGUAGUUUAGCUACAACCAGUGAUGGUCAAUACUUAAUUGCUGGUGGAAGAUCACGAUUUCUUCAUCUAUGGACACUGGAAAACAAAAGAUUGAUUCGAAUUAUUCAAUUACCCCUAUGUGUUAAAAAUGUUAAGCUUAUCGCAUUUUUACCCGAUAGUCUGGAUACAAGUUCAAGUCAGACUGUUGGUGUUCUAUCCCAAGAUGGUAUUAUGCGCUUCAUUAAUAUUCACAACUGUAAUCUCCUUUUCGAAAUUGGAACUCAAAACAACCCUAUUCACCAAGCUACAAUCAACUCAAAUGGAAGAUAUGUUUUAGCUCUUAUGGGAAAUGGUAACAUAAAUUUAUAUAGCAUAGCAAGUUUAUCAACAGAAAUUAAGAAGCCUCCGGAACCCAUUACCAAAGCGGUCAUAGUUAAAGAUAAAGAUGCAUCGUCAACUGCUACUAAUCGCGAUAAACCAGCACGAUAUGCUGAUUUGCAUGGGAUAGCUCCAGAGGAUAUAAAUAAAAAUAUUAAUUGGAAUGGACCUCAAGCAAGCAACGAUUUAUAUGACCGUCUUGACAUUAAAAGAUUACAUAGGAUCUUAAAAGGGUUUGGAGAGUAUCCAUCAAAGUAUAGAAUUUUUAUAUGGCGUUCAUUACUUAAACUACCGGAAAAUCAUGAAUGCUAUAGUAAUCUAAUCGAGAAAGGAACACAUUCAGCCUUUAUAAAACUAGAUGAAGAGUACCCAAUUAAAAGCAGGAAACUACUAAAUAACCUCCAAAAAACUUUAUCUGCACUGGCUCACUGGUCUCCAAUAUUUGGUGAAGUCCAUUACCUGCCUUUGCUAAUCUUUCCGUUCGUUAAAUUAUUUCAAAAUAAUCAUCUGAUAUGUUUUGAAGUUAUCGCUACUAUUAUAGUGAAUUGGUGCCAGAAAUGGUUUGAGUUUUUUCCGAAUCCUCCUAUUAAUAUCUUGAGUUCUAUCGAAAACAUGCUAGGAGCUCAUGACUCCGAAUUACUUGAUCAUUUUAUUCGAAAUAAAAUAAAAUCACAGGUGUUUAAGCUUAAUACUCGCUAA